CGAGAUCUCUUAUCUGAAUCUGAUAUUUUCUUCGUGUAUAAUUAUUUGGAGAAGGUAAACUAUAUUAUGUAGGCUUCGCUUCAACUGGGACAGUAAAGGAAAUAUCACUAAUCGAGCCAUAAAUCAUAUGUGUGAAACUGUAACGUGCAUAUGAGCUAAGCAUAAUCACACUGCAGCCAUGGCACAACAAAAUAAGAUGUAUGCAUUGCCUCAGGAGCUGAAGCAGCGAUAUUUUCAGAUUUUCGUCCCUUCCUUUCCCUUGGAAGUGCGUCACUACUGUGCACAGUGGAUAGAAGACCAGCAAUGGUUUAUGCCCGAGCUCGACCCGAACCAUCCGCUGUGCGACCAGUACGCGUCGCGUCUUGUAAACAUGCUCGUCGACCAGAUCCGGAACCAGAGCGAACAGAUACGCAACAAUGGCGACCACAUGCCGUUCGCCAUGGCACUGCAGCGAUGCGCGCAGACGGUGAAGGAUGAUUUCAUGUCGAGACCGAUGGACCUGGUCAGAGUCAUACAGAACCAUCUGACCACUGAAAGACACAUUCUUGAAAAGCAGAGAAAAUGUGAGUCGCCCAUGAUGGCUGACCAGGCGAUGGAAAGCCAGGACACGGAGGAUGAGUCACAAAAGGUCCAGCAGACAUUUGAAAUUCUAAAAACAAGGAUGCAGGAGGUGAACAAUGGCCUGGAUGGUCUGCAGCAACAUCAAGAGAUGUGCAAUCUGCAGGUCCAGCAGUUUGUGCGAACCAAAGCACAGCUAGAGAAGUGGACGCAGCUCGUGCAAGCUCAGCCAGAGUACACCAGCAAGCUAGAGCAGGGCAAGCAGGAGUAUACUACACUGUACCAUAACGUGUUGAGCCAGCAGACGAGAAUACGCAGCGAGCGACUGGAGAUUGCGGUCAAGCAGAGCGAGAUGCUGACCCCCACGUUUGUCGUCACCGAGCAGCCGCCUCAGGUGUUGAAGAAGCAGACGAAGUUUGCCGCAUCAGUGCGUCUGUUGAUCGGCGGCAAACUCAACUUCCACAUGCAGUCCCCCAAGGUCACGGUGACCAUCGUCAAUGAGAAGCAGGCGAGCCAAUUGGUGCAGAAUCCGCAGGAGAUGAGGCUUCGGCAGCAGAAGAGCGGCGAGAUUCUCAACAAUAUGAUGGCGAUGGAGUACCACGACGGCACGCACAUGUUCUCCGCACACUUCCGCAACAUGCAGCUCAAGAAAAUCACCAGACCGGUGAAGACGUCGCGUAACGAGGCGCACGCCGUCACCGAGGAGAAGUUCGCGCUGCUCUUCCAAACCAGCUUCAGCAUCGACAGCGACAAGCAGCUCGAUGUGUUCAGCAUGUCUCUUCCGGUCGUCGUCAUCGUCCACGGCAACCAGGAGCCCGACGCUUCGGCGACCAUUAUGUGGGACAACGCGUUUGCGCCCGUCGACUGUAAGCCGUUCGUCGCGCCAGAGCAGGUGAAGUGGUGUCAGUUGACGGAGUGCAUCGGACAGGAUUUCUUGUCGAAGAUGCUCAAGGACAAAGGUCGCGACAUGACGAAGCCGCGCGGAUUGUCGGCAGACGACCGGCUGUACCUGGCGGAGAAGCUGUACGGCAUGGAAGUGUACAACAGUGACCUUGCUGCGGUGAACGAUCUGGCCGUCACCUGGACGCGCUUCAACAAGGAGGACUUGAGGGGCAAGGAUUUUACCUUCUGGCAAUGGUACUACAGUGCAGCAAAGCUGCUAAAGGAGGACAAGCAGUUAAAGCAGAUGUGGAACUCUAGGUGAGUGUGAAUUGAUGAAUAGGU